GAAAAUAUAUCGGCGACAACGGCGCAGCGUCCAAUUCAUGAGUAUUAGCAACUGUAUUAUUCCGAGUACCAUCUCUGUUGUAGCUCAGGACAACAACACAAGACCCUACGUGUUACCGUUUCGUUCUCAUAUGUUUUUCGACUAUCGCUAUGACACUAAAGUAUACACACUGAUUUACCUUUAUCAAUUGCCCGUUGCGUUCCUGGGAGUGUAUCACGCAGCGGAAGUUAGUCUGAUCGUCACCUCGACGCUACAUAUUUGCGCAAAAAUGUCGAUGCUGGCUAGCCGAAUUCGAAAGUCACUGACGAAAUAUCCGGUGCAUUUCCGGCAGAGGAUGAGAACAAUGGUGAUGGAGCAUUUGGAGUUGACAAAGCUGACCAAUUUCUUAAAUAACUGUUUCCAUCAUAUCCUUCUGGUAGAAUAUCUGAACUGCAGCUUCAGAUUGGCCAUUACUAUGUACGUGGUGCUAAUCACACUUCGAAAAGAUAUGAUGGCAGCUAUCAAUUAUAUUUUAUAUACCAUAAUCGUGGCAGCCUGGUUGUACUUGUACUCUUACAUUGGUGAGCAACUUGUUCAUGAGUCACAGGAAGUGGGCGAAGCCUUUUACAACACGGACUGGACAGACAUAACGAGCCAAGAUAGAAGAUCCUUGGUAAUCUGUUUGAUAAACGGACAAAAACCUCAAUAUUUAAUGGCUGGGAAGUUCUACAGAUUCACCCUUUUUGGUUUCAGCGAUAUCGUGAAAACUGCUAUGGCAUUUUUGUCCGUUUUGCGUACAAUGGUCGUCUAACAUCAAACAACUGUUCAAUGCUUUAUAUAAUAUUUAGCUAGUGAAAUAAAUGUGUCCAAAUAA